CGAUGGUUUCUCUUUCAACCUUCGAUUUUUCUUCGUGCAAAUCGCUUAAGACUGAGAGGGUCCAAGGCAAGACGCUUCUCCCACCAAAUUGCUUAAACUCAUUGGAGCACGCUUCAUCCUUUCCCAACAGCUGGUAGAAGUUCAUUGCAAAUAAAUUUGGUGGAUGGUAGUUUUGGGAGUUCUGUCUUGUAAUUCAGUUAUUUGACCAAAUUCCCCGAAGAAAUACUGCAUUUUUUCUAGAAUUCUCCUGCAACUUGUGGCAAAUUAAUGGUAUAAGAAAGAUGGACAUAAUUUCUCAAUUGCAAGAGCAAGUGGAUUUAAUUGCUUCACUUGCUUUUAACACAAUUGGGACGCUGCAAAGAGAUGCUCCUCCAGUGCGUCUCUCUCCAAAUUACCCUGAACCACCAGCUAACCCUACUGAAGAUUUUGCAGAUCAACCUAAGUUGAUGAGUGCUGCGCUUGUAAAGGCUGCAAAGCAGUUUGAUGCUUUGGUGGCAGCACUUCCAUUAGCCGAGGGAGGUGAAGAAGCUCAACUGAAAAGGAUUGCAGAACUGCAGGCUGAAAAUGAUGCGGUAGGCCAAGAACUCCAAAGGCAACUGGAAGCUGCAGAGAAAGAAUUGAAGCAGGUCCAGGAGCUGUUUAGCCAAGCAACAGAUAAUUGCUUGAACCUGAAGAAGCCAGAUUAAUGAUGGUGCACUGCAUUUCCGAAUGUUGUAGAUGAAAAGGGAAUGAUUGGACCAGAUGGAGGAGUCCAAUUUCAAGCAUCUAAAUUUGUCUAAGCAUUUUUUCCCCUUUCUUACUAGGAUAGCAUCUGCAUGUGCUGUCAUGGGCUUAAGCACUUGUAAUAUUUUCGUGUCUUAAGGUAGCAUAUGCAUGAUAGAAUCAUGUUAGACCACCUAUUGAUUUAUGAUUUGUAAAUUCAUGUUAGUUAGUCGACAAGUUCAGAUUAGUUAUCUAUUGCUUUUUGCUCUA